AUGCCGCUGCUGCCGCGCCGGCCGCCGGCGGCGCUCUACGUCCCGGUGCGGGGCCUCCUCGAGGCCCGCGUGCCGUGGGGCCGGGACCGCGCGCUGGACCACGUCGUGGAGCGGGAGCGCCACCUCGUGCCCUUCCUCCUCACCAAGGACGCGCUCCUCACGGCCGCGCCGCCGCCGCACGCCGUGCCGCUCCACGCGCUGCCCUCCACCAUCCCCUUCCCCUUCCGCCCGCUCCGCUUCCUCCGCCUCUACGCCUCCGCCUUCGCGCUCUCGCCGCACCCCGUCACCGUCUCGCCCACGCACAGGCUCAGCGCGCUCCACCUCGACGAGGCGCAGGCCGUCGACGCCACCCGCGCCGACGCCGCCGACCGCCUGCUGCGCCUCCUCAUGCUCGCGCCCUCCCGCGCGCUCCCGCUCCACCUCGUCGCGCGCAUCCGCCUCGACCUCGGCCUCCCCUCCGACUUCCCCCGCUCGCUCCUCCCGCACUACCCGGACUACUUCGCGCUCUCCGCCGACGGCCGCCUCCUCGAGCUCGUCUGCUACCGGAAGGACCUCGCCGUGUCGGCCGUGCAGUCCUACGCGCAGCGGACCGGCGGCUACAAGGUCGGCGACCCCAUCGCCUUCCAGCUCUCGUUCCCCCGUGGAUUUGAGCUCGACAAGAACGUUCGCAAGUGGCUGGAUGAGUGGCAGAAGCUGCCUUACAUCUCGCCGUACGAAGAUGGUUCACACCUGGCUCCGAGGAGCGACAUCACGGAGAAGAGGACUGUGGCGGUGCUGCACGAGGCGCUCAGCCUCACUGUGGGGAAGAAGAUGGAGAAGGAGGUUUUGGUCAAGCUUGGGGAGGCUCUUAGGCUACCGCCGGGGUUCAGGAAGGUGCUUGCGAGGCACCCAGGGAUUUUCUACCUGUCGCAUAAGCUGAGGACCCAAACGGUGGUGCUCCGGGAAGCCUACCGGAGGCAUAUGUUGGUGGACAAGCACCCAAUGAUGGGGAUAAGGUAUCAGUUCCUGCAUUUGAUGCAUAUGGGGAGGGAGGAGGCUGGUAAAGCAAAGGGCAAGGAGAGGAAGACAGUUCGUGGCGACCAAAUGAUGGGAGACGACUAUGGUGCAGAUGGGGAGAAUGAGGAUGACUAUGAUGAUGAGGAGGAUGAAGAAGAGGAUGAGGAGAACAUUGAAGCGGGUGUUGCUUCACAGGACGAGGAGAGCGAUGACGAGGAUACAGAGAACAGGGGAGAAACUGGAGAACCGCAGCAAGCCGCUAACUGA